UGCGCUGUGCGGCUGCAAGGUGCUAUUUUUGCAUCACUGGCUGCUGCGGGUUGUGUAAUGACCUGCUGGCGGAUCAAGCCCCCUCUCUGUUGCUGGGCUGGGCUUGUUCUGAGAGCGCACAGCCUCCGUUGCGCUCUCUCCUAUUGGCUGGAACUGAGAGAGCUUUUUUUUUUUUUUCCUUUUUUUUUUCCUCCCCCUUUCCGCCAGCUCCGUGCUCCUAAGGACGCGGCUCACAGGGAGGGAGGCAGGGAGGGAGAUGGGGAGGGAAGGUGGGGGUGCAGAUUGCUCUGGAAGCUUCGUUUGCUUUCCUCUGAAGCCCAAGUUCUGUUACAGGCCAGACUUGGUGACCGCACGUAGAAUAAUUGCUCAGGGAUCCUAGGGUGUGUUUUUUAAUUGUGAAAUGAUCUCCCUUAACUUUGGAGUGAGCAGUUAUGCUUGAAACCUACUCAAGACAUACAUUUAGAAAAUAAAAAUUCGAUUGAAAUCUCUUCCGUGCAGACCUCAGUGGGACAGCAUUCUGUAUGUAUCAUGAGCGUGAUAGGGCUGGUGAUAAACGCCUUAAUUCAGGAAGUCAUCAGGCGUUCGCAAGUGUGCUUUCUCAUCCUACCAAUGGAGAUAAGGAGUAUUUGAAGAGGAAGUUGUUGAUGCUUUAAAAAGGCCCAGAUCAUUUCUACUCUUUGUUCAGAUGUGCAUAUAUUCUAAGUUGAUUAAAGUUGUUUUAGAACUAUCAAGUACCUCAAAGAUCUGACUGACAGCACUGCUCAAGCCUGCCUGCCUGCCAUGGGCUGUCGGGAUGUCCAUGCAGCCACAGUCCUCUCCUUCCUGUGUGGAAUCGCCUCAGUAGCAGGCCUCUUUGCGGGGACUCUGCUUCCCAACUGGAGAAAAUUACGACUGAUCACAUUCAACAGAAAUGAGAAGAACCUGACUGUCUACACGGGCCUGUGGGUGAAGUGUGCCCGAUACGAUGGGAGCAGUGACUGCCUGAUGUACGACACUACUUGGUAUUCAUCAGUUGACCAGCUGGACCUGCGGGUCCUCCAGUUUGCCUUGCCCCUCAGCAUCCUAAUUGCAAUGGGUGCCCUGCUGCUCUGCCUGAUUGGAAUGUGUAACACAGCUUUCAGGUCUUCGGUGCCCAACAUCAAACUGGCCAAGUGUCUGGUCAAUAGUGCAGGCUGCCACCUGGUGGCAGGGCUGCUGUUUUUCCUGGCAGGUACUGUGAGCCUCUCCCCAUCCAUCUGGGUCUUCUUUUACAACACCCAUCUGAACAGGAAAUUUGAGCCAGUCUUUACAUUUGACUAUGCAGUGUAUGUCACAAUCGCUAGUGCUGGGGGCCUGUUUAUGACUUCCCUGCUGCUGUUUAUUUGGUAUUGUGCCUGCAAAUCUUUGCCUUCUCCUUUCUGGCAACCACUCUACUCCCAUCCUCCCAGUAUGCAUACUUACUCACAACCCUAUUCAGCACGCUCCCGCCUCUCUGCCAUUGAAAUUGACAUUCCAGUAGUUUCACACACCACCUAAUGGAGAAAUAGUUGUUAAAGGAAACAUUUAGCCUCACAUUUCCCUUGUACAAGGAGCUGUUUUGGACCAAUAUACAUUUUCCUUUGUUUCUGACCAGUCUAUGAAGCCAAAUUUGUAUGUCCUGGUAGAAUGAAGUGCUGCUAGUUUUAUGAAAAGUACAUUAUUUUAAAUGUGAAUCAUUCCUUUUAUCUUGCUUCUUAUGCUAGGAGGAUUUUUUACCUCUAUAUUGAUGUCUGGUCAGUAAUUCAAGUGGAAAGGACCUGUGUCUCAAUUGAGGUGAUUUAGAGCAACAUAGUAGUGUAAAAAAUGGUGGCUAAGAGAAGCUUUUGUAUGUGAUCUUUACAAAUAUUUCAGAAUAUGUAUUGUCUUUUUUUCUAUAAUACCUUAAACCAGUUUAAAAAAAAGGCAAUUUCAGAUAUAAGAAAUUUCUUUCAGGUAAUGGUAAUUAAUAAUCUUUACAGUAGUCAGACUACCAGCUUAAGGCUGUGACUUUUCUUAGUUCUCUCGGGGCCAACUGCAUUGGUUAGAGUUAGGUAUUUUGAAGAUUACUUUCUUUUGUGAAUUCCUUAUCUUCUACCUCAUGCCAGUGUUUAAAAAUAAAAUGCAUUUUAAGUGAUACCAGAGAAAAUAAGCCAAACAUUUUAAAUACCUAUUAGUAUGGAUAACAGUUAACAAUUUUAAGAGUUAAUGAUUCUAUAAAUUAUAUUCUUGUAGUUAAAAUGUGCCAUGAGAUGGAUUGGUGCUUCCUCUGAGGCAGAAAAACAUUUUUUUACAGAUAUCAUCCACUAAGUGGUACUCAUGCCCAUGUAUAAUCUCUUAGUAACUAAGGAAAAAAAUAAAAGAGGCCCAAGUGGCUUGCUCUCUUUUAGGCAGUGUCCGGGGACAAGCAUCUGUUCUUCAGUGACAAACAUCAGAGGUUCACUCUCAUUACUGCCUUUUGAGUGAUGGGCGAAGUAAGGUAUGGCUUCACCAUGACCACAUUCACUCUUGACUCAGCUCCUUCAUUGCGUAUUUCCUUGAGCAUAUAUCUUUGCCCAACAUGUUAGUAGUUACUAUAGAGGAUACAUGAAAAGUGUGAGACCUUGUCCCAUUCACUAAAAAAUUUUGAUAGAGAAGUUCAAACUAUUAUCUGACAAUUAGGGAAGAGUCUGACAUCAUUGGUAGCUGCUCGUAACUCCUCAGUCAUUGAUCCAGGAAUAUAUUUCAACCAGAGACAUGGCUUUCUGGUAGACAAACUUAUUGUACAAUGCUAGCAAUAUUCUGGAGCCUAGAAAUUCAAUUCAUUGGAUCCUUUAGAGCACCUACCGUAGCUGAGACACUGUAAUAACAUUAUGUAAGAUUCAUGAGAAUGGGCAAAAGCAGUAGAGAAACUGUUUACUUUUCACCUCUGAAAGUAUGGUGAUGUAUUGAAGGAGGAGAAUUUAAAAUCUCUUCGAAUGGGCUAACAUUUAGAUGAAACCAUGUUAAUACUGAGAUGAAUGCUUAGAAAUUCAGGGAUAUUGGGUCUUUACCCUUGUGAAUUUGAGCUGCUUACUUAAUUGGUGUAAUUUGCUACACAUCAGUACUGUGUUCAUAAGGAUUUUGUUCUAUUAACCAUUAACCAUUACUGGACUGUUUUAACAUUCCACAAACAGCUAGUUGCAUGGUAAAUAGGUUCUUAUGCCUCUUUACAAAUCUGGAGUAUGAUUCUGGUACUUCUGUGGAUGUAAGUGGUACUUUUAUUUUUUCUAAUUCCAACACUAGUUUAUGUAUAUAGCAAAUAAACCCAGGUCUAUCAUUUCUAAAUGCUGUUAGGAGAAAGCAUGCACGGCUGUGGGUUUUUAGUUACAGCUCCUGAUUUCCUUCAGUUCUGUUCCUUUUAACUCUUGUCAGAUUGAGCUAAAUCUUGGUCAUUCCAAGACAAUGGCAGGUAGAAUUUUGAGAUUAAUGUUAAUUUACCCCUUUGCUAAUUAAUUUCAGUCCCCUCACUAACUUUGCCCAGAAGUGUCAGGAAUUCCACUAUCUCCCUGUUCUUUGUGUAAACAAUGUUAAAGAAAAGUAGACUCAACCAUUAAUAUAUCACACAGUUUUUAGUCUAAGGGAUCGUAACUAUAAAUGCUAACCUUUUCCUACAAGAAUGUUUUGGAUUUUUUUCCUACUCUGUAGCCUUAAGUCAGUAUUUAUUAUAGAUUCAUUAGACAAAAGAAACAGCUGUUUCCCUUUUUGUCUCUACUAUUUCAGAUUUGCGAUCAGUAGCUAUUCUUCAAAGCCAUCAAAGGAAAGCAAGUAUUUAUAAUUUUUUUUGUGUGUAACUUUUGAGCACUCAUCAGGCUGUCAUUGUGAUGGGGGAUCUUUUUUUGUUACAAGCCAUUAAUAUUAAGGGCCUUUUACAGAAGCCAGCUUGAAAAGCAACCUUAAAUGUGGUAUGAUGCACCAGAUUUGGUUUAUCCAGCCAUGGGAGAAAGAACCCUGUUUACUUGUAAAUAUUCACUGUAAUAGAUCAUAUGUUUGUUGUAAGCUGCAAUGUAAAACCUCAAUAAAACUGCACUGUACUUCUUGAUGUUAUUAAAAGAUGUAUUUUUACAA